GUACCAUUUCAUCAACAAAGCGAGAAAAAGUCCCCUGCGACACUACCAAACGGAGACACACAUAUAGAAAUUCAAUUCAAAGUUCCAAUUCAAAGCAAUUGAAAAGAUUUUCUCGGAAAUUGAAAAGAUUUGCUCAGAAUUUCAAGGCAGUGCUUCAAGAAAUAAAUAAAUAAAUUCCAUAUUCUUUGAAGACGUUGAAGAGUUGAAGACCAAUUGGGGUUUUGGCUUACAAUGGAGGAAGAUAAACAGCCAUUAAAGGAAGAGAAUAAUCCUCAAAAGAUAGAAGAUGAAGAAGCAGAGGUAGAAGAAGCCAAAGAACCCCCAAAACAAAGUAGUGGAGGAGGAGGAGGAGGAGGAGGAUGGGGAGGCUGGGGGUUUUCCCCGUUCUCUGUUCUCUCGGAUCUCCAAAAGGCCGCCGAAGAGAUUACUCGCAAUGCUACUGCGGCUGCUCAGACAGCGGCGAAGAGCAUUGCAGACAUUCAAAAUGCUGAGGACUCGGAGUCUUCUAAGGAGGAGGAAGGGAUUGAAGAAUCUGCAACUGAGAAGGAGAGUGAAGAUGAGAAUGAUAAGCUGCGAAAAUCUGCUCUGGAUAGAUUGGAGAAAGCUAGUGGCGAUUCGAUCUUUGGUCAGGGUUUGAAGGUUUUGGAUAACUCUGUGGAGAAUUUUGCUUCUGGAGCAUGGCACACAUUAGGAAGUGCAUGGAAAGGGGGCACAGAUUUGGUUCAAAAGCUUGAGCAUUCUGCUGUCAACCUCGCAGACUCUAUUCAGCAUGGCGGUUCAGUUGCACCAUCCAUAUUAGAGACUGGAAAAGUUUUUACCUCGAAGGGAAUGCAAGUGCUUGAACUUGUAGGCAAGGAAACUAUGGAUCUGUUGAUCUCAGAGACAGGUAUAGAAGUUGAGAAGAAUUCUAAAGAUGCCGAACAAGAAACAACUGAUGAUCAAUUACUUGAGGAAGUGACAUUUGACCGAUGCUUCUACAUAUAUGGAGGUCCUGAACAGUUAGAGGAAUUGGAAGCAUUGUCCAACCAUUAUGCACUGUUAUUUAACCGAAGAAAAGGAAAACUAUCAUCUGAUCAGAAAUCUGUUUAUGAUGGAAAGCUUAAGGAGGUUCAACAGAUUUUCAGUGUGCACACUGAAAUGGAUGGAAGUGGUACAGAAUCAGACAAAGGCAAGAAAAAAGAGACCGGGGUUGAUGGAGAUAGCGAUGAGAUUAAAAAUUUACAUGAUUCAAGUGUCAGCAAGGCUGCUGAUAUGGCUGCAGGGUUCACCAGCGCUUUAGCAGGAUUAGCUGUUAAUGACAUAAUUCAAAGGACUGCUGGCAGGCUAGAAUCACUACACUCAGAGGGUGUUCAUAGACUCUCAGAUAUGUGCUGUUCUGCAGUGUCCCAAUUACUGAUACUUGGCAAAUCCGUCAUAUCCGGUGCUAACAAAAUUCAGGAAGAUGCUGAUACUGAUUUGGUGAAUAUUGAUUGGCCUGAAGAUUCUGUUGAAAAAGCUAAGAUUAUCAGAUCAAAAGCUCAAUCAAUGACAGGAUAUGUGGAAGCAGUGGCUAACAGUUUCAUUACAGGCAUAUCCGAUGUGGCCGAAGCUUAUUUAGCGGCCAUAAAAGCUGCUUCUGUGGAAUCCAAUGAAGUUUCACAGACAUCAAUCCAGGAAAAAGCAAAUGCCUUCUCUGAGCAUCUCCGUGUUGACCAGACCACAGCCGUGGGAAAGAUCCAGGAUGGGCUACAAUAUUUAUGCUAUGUAGUUGUUUCUACUUCUAUGCCUGCUGCUUGAAAUCUAGGAUGCAUUAGUCUGUCAAAUACUCUUAGCUUUCUCUCUCUGUACAUAGUUUCCAUUGAAAGUGGGGUUUGAACUCCAAUUUCAUUUAAACUUUUAUGUGAUAGUUAUGCCACUGAAAUUUCACUGAAGAAGCAUAACAUAAUUUUCUUAGAAUGUCAAGAGUGGUGUCUGGCUCUUCAAUGAUUGGAAAUCUUAUGAAAAAACUUAAAAAAAAAAAAGUUUCUUAUUUCAAUAACAUGUAUUAUUCUUUAA